AUGGAUCAAGAUUUAGAAUCAGAAAUUACCGUAAAACCAGGAUUUGCAGCUCCCAAAACAAUAACGGAUAUGAAAAUGUAUCAGGAUGGAACUAAAUUUGAUCUUGUUAUAAAUUCUUUGACCAAAAAACUUCAAGAAAAUGAUUCAUCAAAAGAAGAUACACAAGUUAAUCUUGCAAUUGCAUAUUUAGGCCUAGAAAUGACCAAUAAAGCACUUGAAAUAUUAAAUAACGUGACCAAAUCAAAUAAUUUAUGUUCUCUUGCAUAUUUACUCCGCGGCAUCACAUAUUUAUGGAUUGGAAAGGAUGAAAACGCUUUGGCUUCAUGGAAAGAUGGACUUUCUCAAGGUGGACAAUACACUCAUUACUCAAUAAUGUCAAAUCUUAUAAAUGACAUAAAUUUCCGCACACAUGUAUACACACUACGUUUUAAUAUUGAAAAGUUAUUUGAAAUCAUUGAAUCAUGGGAACAAUAUCAAACUUUCGUAGAUAACGAUUUACGUGAAGCAUAUAAAGAGCUAGGAACAAAUGUAGCCAUGGCUAUUACUCAUUUCUCGCAAAUUCUUGCAGUGGAUCCUAAAAAUUCCAGUGCAUUUCUUGGUCGCGGUAUUGGCUGCUGUUUAACAGGCCAAUGGAUCCGGGCAAUAGACAAUAUCAACCAUGCAGUACUAGAGAAUUGCGAAAGUAUGCACAUGGCUCAUCGUUUUCGAAGUGUUGCUUACGCUGCGAUUGGAAAGUUCACUUAUGCAAUUGGAGACAUCACGCGCGUCAUAGGAAAAUUCCCCAAAGACAAAGAAGCAAGAUUACUCCGCGCAAGAUACCAAAUAAAAUUAGGAUUAUUCAAACAAGCCUGUACAGACAUAAUGAGCAUACCUAGCGAUACAUUAACAAGCAAGGAUUGGUGUACACUCGCCGAAUGUCUCUACGCAACAGGCGCUCUCAAAGAAGCUCUUGAAGCUCUUUGUAGAACUGACCAACACUCUCCAAACGCACUCUACAUAAGUUUUCUUGUUCUUAGAGAUGUCGGACAAUACGAUUUGGCCCUCAAAAAGAUCUGUGCUGCUGUAGACCAACUUCCUUCGCCAUUUAUUCAGAGAAAAUUGGCAGAUUUCCUUUUGGAGGUUGGCAGGCCAGACCAUGCGAUUCCAAUAUACGAACAGUUCUACCAAUUGUGCCGUGGAGACAUUUCUGCCAUACAUUCUUGGGCAAUUGCAUUAUUCGAAACUUGCAACUUGAAAGAUGCGGCCAAAGUAAUUGUCCCAUUCGCAGAAAGUGCUGGACCAAACGGAAUCCCAAUGAUGCAAGAACACGAACGACCAGAACUAAAAUUAAACGGAGAACUUACAUUUAACGGGACAAGCUUACUCGGAAGGAACAUUAUGGACAAAAUAUGGAACGAUAGAUGUCUUAUUCUCGAAGUUAUAAAGAAUAUCGAUAAUCCGAUUACAAUGUUAUCGCCAAUAUCAAUCGGCCCUGAGAAACCGACAUCCAGUAUUGAUUACGAGAAUUUUGUCCAUCCGGAAUUCAAGCCAACUCCUCAAGAAAUCCAAAUGGUUGCAGAUGCCGACAGAUUAGGUGCCAGAUGUGUUCACAGAGGUAUGGAUGUUAUUCAAUAUAACUCUCGUGUUGUCAGAGCCUUAGGAUUUUGUGUCCUUUUGGCUGCUGCUUUAAUGCGAGAUUCAUCUCUUCCUCCAAACAUCGACACAGACCCAUCCAGUGAUGUAGAAUCGAUGAUAUCCAAUGCUAGCAAGUGGCGUGGCCAAGGCCUCUUCCUUAUCGACUUCUUUGCCUGUCUUUUAGGUCUCGCUUCUCCGAUGACCGAAAUCAGAGCGAAUUACGACAUGAUGAGACCGGAGAGGAUGGCGGAGGCAAUUGUCAGAUUAUUCCCAGGAAGGGAACUGAGCGAGAUGUGGUCGGCUCCAACAUAUUACUUGAUCAGAGGACACAGAACAUCGCCAAGAUUCGAUCCAGCGAUUCCUUCAGCUGUUGCAAAGGUUGUAAGGACAUUGUCAGAGACACAGAACAGAAUUGUGAUGCCUUACGUUGAUAUAAAGAACGCAACAACUGUGGAACAGAUUUACGAAGCAACACAGAAGAAUAUCGCAGUAUCUUCAAAAUGGACAAUUCCAGAAUGCGCUGGAAUUUCAGAAAACAGAAGAGAAAUAUACGCACCAACAAUUAUCCUUCAAAAUUUGGGAGUUUUGGGUUAUAAUUUCGCCGUUAAAGCACCAACAAGUUUGCCAAGUUAUUCAUUGGCAACAGACGCUAUAAAUAGUCUGUUUAGGGCAGUAUCCGAAAGCCCAACAGCGAUCACUGCUUUGAGUGCUUUAAUAAGCGUAAUUUGGGUAAGACACCCUUUAACCGCUUUUUCCCCAGAAUUAGGUCACGUUUUGUUACAUGCCUUCGCUAUCUCAAAAUUGAAUGUGGAGUUGGCCGAAUUCCAUUUCGGAUUUGCGGAAGAUUUUAUAUUGCACAUGAUAGACCCAGAUACAGCUAGACUUGAGAAAAUGGUCAAGCAACAUAUACAAAAUAACCAGAUUGCGAAGUCUUUCAGUGAAGAAUCAAUUAACUAUUGGACUGAGCCAUACCCAAAGGUAUAUAGAGUAUUAGCACUCCUGGAUGUCACUAAUGAUGCAUGA